AUGCGGGUCUUUCCGUCCGUGGAGCCGCCGUCCAUGGCGCCGAUGUGGAGCAAGAUGCGCGAAAUCCGCGCGCUGGUCACCAAGCAGCAGCAGCGUCAUCAGAAGAAGGACCAGUCGCAGCAGCGCUUCUCGGCCUCCACGCGGCGCAAGAGCUCGGCGCAGGACGCGGCCAAGCGCUUCAGCAGCGCCAUGAGCUACCUGGCGGCCGUGAGCGUCAAAACUGGGCGCCGGUCGUCCGUGGCCAGGCCUUCUUUUGUGUCGGAGCUCGAGCACGCCACGGACAUCGGCGAGUUCGAGCUGCUGGACGUCUUGGGAAGAGGCACCUUCGGCACGGUGCAACUGGCGCGGCACCUGGACACGGGCGCCACGGUGGCCGUCAAGACGCUGGCGAGGCGCUUGGUGCACGAGCUGCACCAGGAGAAGAACAUCAUGCGGGAGCAGAGCGUGCACUUGGGGCUGGCGCACCCGUUCGUGGCCAAGCUCUAUGCCACGUUCCAGGACAACGACGCGCUGUACUUCGUGCUGGAGUUCUGUCCUGGAGGCGAGAUCUACAGUUUGGUGUACACACACGACGACGGCCACUUGGAGGAGGGUGAGGACUGCGAAGACUCGGAGGGAGAAGAGGAAGGCAGGAGGUCAAGCAGACAGGUGGAGGAGGAACCGGAGGAUGCAGUGACGACCAUGUCGGAAUCGGAUGAGGAGCAGUGCAGACAGAGGAGAGGAGGCAGCGUGGCCAUGGGGCGCAACAGCUUGACGCUGGAGAACUUCCUGUUCAAGCAGAAGCUGCGGAGCUCGCACGGAGGACUGCACGAAAAAUACGCAGCAUUUUACGCGGCGUGUAUCGUGUCCGCGCUCGAACACUUGCACGGUAAAGGGGUGCUGUAUCGGGAUUUAAAGCUGGAGAACCUCGUGCUGGAUGCGGAGGGAUACCCGAAGCUCAUUGACUUUGGGUUGUCCAAGCCGAACGCAACGCGGACGUCUGAACGCAGCUCGACGAUGUGCGGAAGUGCGGAGUAUAUGGCACCCGAGAUUCUGCAGCACAAGCCGUACGACCAGCGAGUGGAUUUAUGGGCGUUUGGUAUUCUACUGUACGAGAUGUUGUUCGGUACGACGCCAUUCUACCACUCGAACAAUCGCGAACAAGGGCGCCGCAUCAUCUCGGCGCCUGUGGAGUUUCCGGACGGGUAUGAGCAAGGACACGCCAACGUUUGUUCCCUUAUCCGUAAGUUGCUGGAAAAGGACCCAGCGCUUCGACUUGCGUCGUUUGGCGAGGUGCGGAAGACGACCUUCUUCCGCAGCUACUUCCCGUCGACGCAGGGCUGGCAGCAGCUCGAGGCACGGCAGGUGGAGCCUCCAUUUGUUCCGAGACUGGACGGCCCCUUCGACACCAGUCUCUUUGUGCGCGUUCAGGAGGAGGAGGAGCUAGACUACGGCAGCGACGCCGAUUCGGAUUUCGGGUACUAG